AUGAGCGAGACCAGCUCAUUGGCGGAGAACGACCCGCGCCUAUUGCACGAUGCGGGCUGGAAGAAGAUCCAAGAGAACACAUUCACGCGCUGGGUGAAUCAGAACCUGGCCCUCGAGGGAGAGCAUGUAAACGACUUGUCCGCCGAUUUGUCGGAUGGAAUCCGCCUAAUCAAGUUGGUUCAGGUUCUGGCCCAACGAAUUGUGGCGCAACGCUACAACAAGAAGCCUGUGUUGCGUCAGCAAAAGCUGGACAAUGUUCAGCAGGCGCUGAAUUUCAUCCAAAAUGACGAGGGAAUCAAGUUGGUUACUAUUGGUGAGAAAUUUUGAUUCCGAAAAAGUUUAUUUUUAUUUCAAAAUCGCCGAAAAAUUUUGUUUUUUAUUUUUUUACUUUGUCGACUUAAAAAUCUUGACCGUUUCUGCAAAACGCGAGAGAAACUUUUUUUGAAUAUACCAUAGAAAAUGGUCAUUAAAGCCGUCCCGAGCUUCAAAGUCCAAGCCAAAAAUACUUCAAACUUUUCCAGACGGAACCCACAUUGUUGACGGCAACCUGAAGCUGAUUCUCGGCCUCAUUUGGACCCUAAUUUAUCACUAUUCCAUUGGCCAACACAUUGAAGUCGAUAAGAAGAAAGGACAGACUCCAAAACAGCGACUAAUGGCGUGGAUAAAGUCGAAACUCUCUUCGGACGUGCCUAUCACAAAUUUCACCAGCGAUUGGAACGACGGCCUGGCGCUGGGCGCUCUUGUUGAUGCACUUGCGCCCGGGGCUUGCAGUGAUUGGAGGUCGUGGAGGCCGGACGAGGCGCUGGAGAACACGCUAAAAGCGAUGCAAGCCGCUGAAGAGAAUUUGGGAAUUGGGAGAGUGAGUUUUGAGUUUUUUUGGGAAAAUAACUGUUUCUCAAAGUAAAAACAUUUGAUUUUUUUUUAAAUUUAGCAUCUUUAAAAAAAGAUUUUUUGUAAAACACCGUUCACCUCAUUUUUUGCUCAACCCAAAAUUUGAGUCCAAAAAUUCGAAAUAAUUUGAAAUUUUUUGAUCUUUCGACCAAAAAAUCUCGGUCGAUUUCGUAAAUUGAAAUCAAAAAAUUUCGUACACACAUGCAUAAGACUUUUAAAAUUCGAUUUGUUUAUGAACCAGUUACACUUGAGAUAAUUUCCUCAAUAAAAUCAAUACUUUUCAGCUUAUCGCUCCAGAAGAGUUGAUCAACCCCAAUGUUGACGAAAAGUCCGUUAUGACAUUUUUAUCGCAAUUCCCUCGAGCUCAAAGCAAAGCCCCACCAAAAGGUCGGGUCAGUGGAGUGGAUGGAGAGCCCGUCGUUGGGAGAGAAACCCAUUUCACAGUGGAGGUUGAGAAAGAAGGGACCGAGCCGCUCGUCGAGAUCUUUGAUCCGGAAGGAGGUGAAGUUGAAGCCAAUGUGAGGCCGGUUGAAGGCACCAAGACCGCGUUUCAUGUGUCCUAUGAGCCAAAGGUCGUGGGGAAACAUGAGGUAAGUGGGGGAUUUUGCAAAGUCGAGCAGCACACGUCAAACUAUAGCGAAGAGUCUAAAGUACCUAUUUAAACUUGAAUACUCUCUUCUUCAUCGCCGCCUCAGGCGUUCCUCUAAAGGCAAUUUUUCUACCCAAAUCGAGUUAUUGGCGUAAUUUAUUGCGUAUAACUUAGAAAAUGGCAAAUGAAAUCCACAGGGAACUACCUACACAUCUCUUAUUUAUAAGUUUGUAUUUUACCUAGGAUUUACCGUACAGAGGCCAUUCGAGUUAUCCUCCCAUAUAUCCGGAAAGAACAGGUUUUACGUGAGGGAUUAGGCGUCAACCAACCGCAAGAUUAUAAUCAUUUCGAGUAAAUAAAUGGGGAAAACAACGGGAUUUCACGCAAAUCUCGAAUUAGAAAGAAGAUUUCUCUCUAUGCAAGCAUUUUUUUGAGAUGGAGUUUAAUAACCGAAGAGUGAAAUGUGUAACGAUCAGUGAUACGGUAAGAAUCCACAGUGAUCUCUCUAUAGCAAACUUUGGAGGCCCAGUUUAUAUUAUGCGUAGUGGGGAUAAGUUCAGUUUAUGUUUUGCUAUUUUCUCCAUUUUCAGCUCACUGUAUUCGGCGCUUCCGGCCCCACCAAAGCCAAGUUGGGCAACUUCUCGGUGCGUGUGAUCCCAGCUCCAUAUUUGGUGGACUUCAAGCCAGAAAUUGAAAUCGGCGAGUCGCAGAAGUUCAGAGUUGCCAACCUCACCGAAAAGAACAAGGCCGAGGUCCUGGUCCUUGAUCCUCGCGGGAAACAAGUCCAACUUGAUGCGGGCCAGCGUGUUGGGGCCUCUGUCGCGUUCACUCAUCGUCCCGAGGUCGUGGGGCUGCAUUCUGUCAACGUUUUCGUCGACAAACGCCACAUCCCCGGCAGUCCGUUCGCUUUGCAUGCGACUCCAGGUGCGGCGGCGUCGGCACUCCUCUGGGGCCGCGGGCUUUGCCGGAAGGGGCCUAGAGUCGGCGAUCAUCUGCCCGUUCACAUAGACGGCUGCGAUAAACCCGUCAGGGUCGAGGUCCGCAACAAGGACGGGCUGAUGGUGCAUUGCGAACAAGUUGCGGAUUCAGAAGCGAGAAAGACGUUCGAAUACGCGCCUCUGGGCACGGGACCGCAUUCAGUUCAAGUCACUUGCAACGGACAACAUUUGGGGCUAAGUCCCUACGAAAUCGAUGUGUUGCCUAAGGCUACAUCGGCGGUGAGAGCCGUGGGACCCGGCCUGGAAGGCGGAGCGUCGCAUGAGCCGGCGGUAUUUUAUGUGGACACAAAAGGCGACGCUAAUGUGUUGGGUAAGUGAUGGAAAUCCUCAACCCCUUAGGUAGCUGAAGCAAAGAGUUUGUAGGUCAAAACUCUUCCAAAUUUUUCGAUUUUUCCACUUACGUGUUUUCAGAAUUUUCCACCGAAGGUCCUUCUCAAGCCGACAUCAAAUCGAUCGACAACGGCGACAACACCGCUUUGGUCUCAUUUACUCCCGUCAAAUCCGGCGUCUACAAAGUGAAUGUGAUGAAGAACGGAGAGCAUAUCAAAGACUCUCCGUUUGUGGUCAUGAUCGAACCAGAAUUGGAGAAGAAAUCGGUCUCGAAACCGAAAUUAUUACCUUUCAAGGAGGAGGAAAUCAAAAUUGGAGAGAAAUUUGAGUUUAGUGUGGAGUGUAAGUUGAAGGGUUUUCUUGUGGCCACAUGUGGGAAUAUGUUGUGGCUGAGAUUUUUUUGGGGCCUUUGAAAUUCAAAAAAAAGGAAAACAUUAUUUUUUCCAAAUAAAAUUAAUUGCGAAGAAGUAAGAAAAAAUCAGCGAAAAACAAAAAAAAACAACAUUUUUUGUCUCAUUUUUUAGCCGACAAAAUUCCGGACAUCAAAGUUUACGACAACCAAUUCAACAAAGUUCUCGUGAAGCCAGUCGAUUCCGAUUCCUCGAAACGUCAUCACACCUUCCAGUUCACGCCCCGAUCCCUGGGAAAGUUUGUGAUUUGCCCAAGCGUCGACGGAAUUGCAAUUGACGAAACUCCGGUUGGAAUUGAAGUCGUGCAGCCCACGGAUUUCACAAAAUUGCAUGUUUACGGGCCUGGAGUGGGCUCACAGGUCGUGACCAACAAACCCGUCACCUUCAGCGUCGACACUCGCGAUGUGAUCUGCAAGAAGCUGGAGGUGGAAGUGACUGAUCCGGCUGGUGUUCCGAUUGAUAUCGAGCUGGUUCAGGACGAUCCAGCCAAACCGAUUCAAGUGACCUAUGUCCCAAAGUCAACUGGCCCUCACUACGCCAAAAUUUACGUUGAUGGAGUGUUGGCAUUCGAUGUUAAUGUGGAUGUUACGGAGAGUGCGGGGAGAAAAUGUAAGAAAUUUUAAUGUUAAAAAGAAAGAUUGGUUGGCCAUCCAGAGCUGAGAGGUUUCUUGAGUCCACAACUUGGAAAACAAUGGAUUAAACUUUACAGAAAUUAUAUUUCUGCAAUCCACAGAGAAUCGACUUUUUAUAGGCAAAUUCAUAUAGCUGAAACUCUGUUUGACAAUCUGCAAAACAUUAUUUUGUGGAUUUCGGUCAAGAAAAAACGUAAUUUUUAGAUUAAAAGGAAAGUCAAAGGAAAAACUUGGAUUUCCAAAAGCCCUGAGGGGAUAUCGUCAUAAAACCCUAUAGAACGAGAAGCAAUGCUCAGUAGAUCUUAAGAAUUAACUAGCCAUGCGCGCUGAUCCUUUAGUUUCCAUGAUUUUAGCAAUAGAGGUGUUUUAGUUCUGGAGGGCCCACCCUGUAAAUAACUGGUGUUUACAGACCGCCGAAGGGUGAUUGGACAAGCAAGUGUAUCCUGUUUUAUAACAGGGUUCCAUGUUGCCUCAAUAAUAAUUUUUUUUCAUUUUUUAUCCAUGAUUUACCGGGUUAUAAGCAAAAAAGUUUUAUGGCUGACUGACUGUCCCAUAGCCCUUUUAAUCCCGAAAAAACGCUCAAUUUUCAGUUUCAACCUCUUCCUCCUCCACAACAACCGCCACAACGACUUCGGCGUCGGCUUCGGAACGCGGCAUUCCCCGUCGUCAACUCAGCAUUCCCAACCAGCAGCAGGAUGCGAGCCUGCACUUGAUGCUGAAAGACGUGGAACCUCGCCAUCUGACGGCUCGAAUUCAAUGCCCCGAUGGUCGCGUCGACAAUGUCCCACUGAUUCACAGCGGGAACAACCAUUUUACCAUCAACUUCACACCCAAAGUGGACGGGGUGCACGUGAUCGACGUGUUCCAUCGAGGCCAACGAGUUCAAGGUGCUUACAGCUAGGCUUUCUCGCUUCCUUAAGUUGCUAAAUAACCGGGUACGGUGGAAGGUGUGGCAGUGCGGGGAGAUACUAAAAACGCUUUCGAAUUUACAGCCAAACCUUUGUAUGUCGGGGGGUUGCAAGACGAAUUUUGUCUGUGUCAAGUUUCUGGGAGUGGAUAGGAGAUUUAGGACUAGUUUUGUUAAUAACUUAGGAAGAAGAGGAUCAAAAUGAGUAGAAAUUGAUUUGUCGCGACCCUCAAGGCUUCUACUUUUUUGGCUAUGCGCUGUUUUGUCAUUGUCUCCGUUCCGGGUAUCUCCAAAAGGCGAUUUUCAAAAUUCACCAAGAUUUCAUUCUUUAUCAAAAAAAAAGAACGACUUAAUCCAGGAAAAAGUGUGUUUAUGGUCGAAUGCAGGGCUCCCGGAGAAUGCCAGUUGCAUCCGAAAAAAGUCAUGUAUCUGUGGAUUCUAAAACUAUUAUUCUUGUAAAUUUUUACCGAGUAUUUUUCUCAAAUAUUUUGCGUCUGACCGACUCUCCUGAAUUUACAUACCCUCCCAAGGCUUCUUAAUAUCUUGGCUGCGGGUGCGAGACAUGACCUAAAAUUUUGUGGGAUUUAUAUAUGGCCUGUGUCAAAACGCAAAGUUUAAGGAAAAACGGAAGAUCAGCUUUAGGAUGAUUACACUGAAAAAUUGGGUACUUUAGAAAAAGCAAAGACAUUUUUGAUUAACAUACAGAGGUUUGGCUGUACUUUUUAGUCGUACUUUUAACUAUCAAAACUUCUAUUUUUAUUUGAAGCUUAAACUCACAAUAUUUUCUUUGUCUUGGAAGCUUGAAGUGACUAUAAACUCGAUCUCUUCAACUCAUUUCUAACUAAAAUUUCUUUCAGGUUCGCCCUUCCGGAUGCCCGUGACUCUCUCUGGCGAGACCAAAGCCCAUUUGGUUCGAGCCGAAGGUACCGGACUUCAGCAUGGAGUUGUCGGAGAGCGCCAAUCGUUCGCCGUUCUUGUCGGCGAAGCCGGCGGAGGCGAGCUGAAAGCCUCAAUCAACGGCCCAUCCAAGGCCGACAUUACGCUGACUGACUAUAAGGAUGGAGUUUGUCGAGCGGAGUAUACGACCGAUGAACCCGGACUGUAUACGAUCAGUCUGAGCUUGGAUGAGCAGCCAAUCCAUGGAUCUCCGUUUAAGGUAUGAAUUUUGAUGACGUCCUGGGUUAUUUGGUCCCGAAAAUUCCUGUCGCGAAGGCUUUUGCGUCAAAAGGAAAGCCGGAAAAGUUUGGAGAAAUCCCAGGUCUCGUACGCGGCCUACUUGGCCUGACAUCUACAGUUUGCUAAUCUCAGACAUUCAGGUCUUUAUUUCGCCCAAGAGUCAGACCAGCUCACCCCCGACAAAACGUCCGUUCUCCGCUGAAUCAUCGGCGAGUCAGGUGUCGUAUGACGGCGGAAAUUCGGAGCAAAAAUCAACGUCCGAGAACCAACGGCAUUUGGGAUUUGAGUCAUCGAAGGAUGAGGUCAAGGCAGUCACUCCGUUGCAAGUAAGAGGCUAAUUAUAUACACUGUUCGUUGAUAAGGACCAAAGAAAAAAUCUCUUUUUUUUAGGAGCUCAACCGAGACGAAUACGAUAUCCAAACUAGAUACUACAGCAACACGGACAACGCUUCCAGUCAGCGCCACGAAUUCGCCGACAAAUAUAGCUCCGAAAGGCAGAGUAAGGAGAAGAAUGACCGCCAUCUGCCCGCCGAGUCCAACGACCAAAAACAUCGGUCCUACUUGACGACGAGCGCUGAGGAUGCCCGAAAGGUGACUGCCGAAGGAAGUGGUUUGUACGAAUUUGUCGCCGGAGAAUCCGCCAGUUUCACGAUUAACACGAGCAAAGCCGGCAAGAGCUAUCUAUUCGUUGGGGUGGUCACGUCGAGAGGGCCCUCCGACGAAGUUUCCAUCGUCCACAAAGGAAAUGGCGAGUACAAUGUCAGCUACAAGAUCCCGGAGAGAACCCGCGCUGUGGUGAUUAUAAAAUACGGCGAUCGCGAGAUCAUGGGCUCGCCUUUUACGGUACGGCCGCGGUGA